AUGCAAGGAAAAAAAAGUGUGCGGAUUGAAGUUCAAGACCAAAUGUUGGAACACGAAUUCUGGUUAGCGCGAAUACAGGACCCUUGUAUCAUUGGAUUAGACUUGUUAGUUCACUGGGGUGCUGUGGUUGACCUUGUGAAGUCGACCCUCACUCUUGGGCCUCUCACAGUUGAUCUCCAGCCUGAAAAGCGGACAAGAAAGAGGCAGAGAACCCGGAAAGUCAGUCCAAGGGGGGUGGUUCCAGCGGUGGCGGUCCAGAUCCAGGCGGUCCCAGCGGCGGGUCGGGGUCCAGCGGCGGUCCAGGGGGUCCCAGCAGCGGCAGUCCCGGUGGUCCAGGCAGUCAGGUCCAGGCGGUCCAGGCGGUCCCGCGCGGCGGGUCCAGGCGGUCCAGCGGCGCGGUCCAGGGUCCCAGCGGUGACGGUCCAGGCGGUCCCAGAAGCGGCGGUCCAGGCGGUCCCAGCGGCGGUCCAGGCGGUCCCAGCGGCGGCGGUCCGGGUGGUCCAGGCGGUCGAGGUCCAGGCAGACGAGGCCCAGGCGGUCCUAGCGGCGGCAGUCCAGGCGGUCCCAGUGGCGACGGUCCAGGCGGUCCCAGCGGCGGCAGUCCAGGUGGCCGAGGCAGUCGAGGUCCAGGCGGUCCCAGCAGCAGCGGUCCAGGCGGUCCCAGCGGUGACGGACCAGGCAGUCCAGGUCCAGGCGGUCCCAGCAGCGGUGGUCGAGGUCCAGGCGGUCGAGGUCCAGGCAGUCCCAGAACCGGCGGUCCCAGCGGCGGUGGUCCCAGAUGUGGCGGUCCCAGCAGUGGCGGUUCCAGCGGUGGUCCCAGCAGCGGUCCAGGCGGCAGAUCACCGCUCUCCAACACCGGCUGGCGCUUGCACAGCCAGUCCCCGUGCCAUACCACCCCCACCCACGGAGACUGUGAAUGCUGUCAAAGAGCUGUGGCAGCGCAGUAGUGAGGGCCUAGAUCAGUGUCAAAAAGAGCAGUUGAGACAUCUCUUGGACAGGUAUGUGGACAUCUUUGCCGCUCGAGAUGAGGACUGUACACAAACUCGGCUUGUCCAGCACUCUAUUGACACUGGUUCGGCCCCCCCAAUACGCCUUAGGCCCCAUCGGCUCGCCCUUUCAAAGAGACAGUUAGCAGAGGACAUGAUCCACAAAAUGCUUGCGGCUGGAAUAAUAGAACCAUCCAGCAGUCCUUGGGCAGCUCCAGUAGUUCUUGUGCGCAAGAGAUUGGGUGGGUGGCGGUUCUGUGUGGAUUACCGUCGUCUCAACGCGGUCACAAAGAAGGACUCUUAUCCACUACCCCGCAUCGACGAUGCUCUGGAUUACAUUAGUGGAUCAAGUUGGUUCAGCUCCCUCGACAUGCGAAGUGGAUAUUGGCAGGUGGAGCUCAGCCCCCAGGCCAGGGCAAAGACUGCAUUCACAUUCGGGCAAGGACUCUGGCAGUUUCGUGUAAUGCCAUUUGGCCUGUGCAAUGCGCCGGCCACGUUCGAGCGUCUCAUGGAGCGGGUGCUCGCCGACAUUCCUCGCAGCCAUUGUGUGGUGUACCUGGAUGACCUGCUGGUCCAUGCGAGUGAUUUCAGCAAAGCUUUGGGCCACCUGAGCGGCGUCUUCAGUGCUAUUCGUCACGCUGGUCUGCGGCUGAACCCUGCCAAGUGCCACCUUCUGCAGAGAGAGACUACUUUCCUGGGUCAUGUGGUCAGUGCUGAAGGAGUAGCGACUAACCCAGAGAAAGUAGCGGCUGUCCAGGAUUGGCCGAUCCCGGUUAACGUACGUGACCUCCGCAGUUUCUUGGGACUGGCGUCCUACUAUCGCCGCUUUGUCAGGAACUUUGCCUCUGUCGCAGGGCCCCUACACCGCCUGACGGACAAAGGAAAGCCUUUCGCUUGGACUAACAGCUGUGACACUGCUUUCAACCAGCUAAAAGCAGCCCUCACAGCCGCGCCCAUCCUUGCGUACCCGCACGUAGAUCUCCCCUAUGUGGUGGACACAGACGCUAGUGGGCACCGGAAUUGGGGCUGUCCUUUCACAGCAGGGAGGCGAAGGAGAGCGAGUAGUGGGGUACUACAGUCGCGCUCUCAGUCGUGA